AUGAUGCUGAUCGACACCGUACAAAAUUGGUUUCAAACUCACUAUAAACUAUAUUUUCUAUGUGAAUGUUCACAUGAUCCAAAAGAAAUGCAUGUCGCUCCACAUGAAGGCUAUUCAAUUAAAAAGGCGAGAGAUUUCGUCGUAAAAUAUGCACCAUAUUUGAAAACAACUAUACAAAUUGCUCAAGUUCUACUUUCUGCCGGAGGUCUUGUUAUUCCACAACUAGGAAGUGCGGCAAUGGCUAUCAAUAAUGUAGUACCGGCGCAAUUGAAAAAUCCUAGGUACUACGAAGAUAUGAAACAACAAUUACAAAUGGUUGAUGAUUUACUCAAUAAAGUCAACAACCAACGAGAUCGUGCAGGUGCUUCCGUAAUUAGCAAACAGAAGUCAAAAGGAGCACCAUUGCAAGGCGCAGAACUACGAGAAAUUCAAACGUAUCUAGAACUUGUAGAUGAUAAACGUAGCUUAGGAAAUCUAUACCGAAUAGUCACUGAUGACGGUUAUGUUCGUUGGGUCUGUCUCCAACACUAUGACGAUAUUAGUUUCAACAAUGAAAUGAGUAAAUACAUUAAUGAAUUUGAUGCCAUGGGAGGCAAAUUCGAUUCGAAUACUAAAGAAGCAUUUAUAAAUCAAGUGAAUAUUACUAAAGAAAAUGUUGAAAUGAUGUGCAAGGCUCUUGGGAAAGGUUUUAAUAUUGUGAAGCUAAUAUGUCGAGAAUGUUCAAUCGACGAAGAUCAUCUCGAAAAACUACUUGACAUCAUCAUUAAUCGCUCUUCAAUUCGUUGUCUAAAUAUGGGUUCGAUUCGUGUACGAAACUUUUUUGGAACCACAAAGUAUACUUGUCAAGAAAUGGUCGCCGAUUUCAACAAUCAAACAAUGAAAGUUCGCUUCUCCGACGUUAAUCGAAGUGGAAAUACGAUGAUGCUCGCUCGGCUUUUGUUUCAAAACAAGAUAUGUCGAAACUUAGACUUUUCUGCGAGUGAUUUUCUCGGUUAUGAAUCUGACGUUCAACGUAGUCUUGAAACAAAUGCAGUUCUAACAGAUCUAGCUGUGGAGUAUUCCAACAACAUCGAUAUCCUCAACAGUAUAUUAAGUUUGAAAACAAAUACACUAC